AUGUCGCCUUUAACCGAGAUCGGGCCUUUGGGCCAACAAUACCACCACCUGCUCCUCGCAGCUGUUGCCGUUGCCGCCCUCGGUCUUGUGUACAGUGUGCUGCGGAAUCCUCUGUCGAAGGUCCCGGGCCCGUGGUAUUCCAAGAUCACAAGCAUUGUCCUGACGAACGAGUUCCUGAAAGGCAGAAGGGCGAAAUAUGUCCAUCGUCUCCAUGAAAAAUACGGUCCCAUCGUUCGAAUCGCUCCCAAUGAGGUCGAUGUCAUGGAGGUGGCUGCGGCUAAGCAGAUUCACACUGUUAAGGCGACGUACCUCAAGUCCCCUUUCUACAAGGCUAUCAGCGCUCCUGGGGUGCACAAUGUCUUCAACACACCGGACAUAUACUUCCAUCGCCGUCAUCGAAAGCUCCUCCAGGCGCCCUUCUCAGACGCAGCACUUCAAGCCUUCCAGCCCACCAUCGAGGGGCGCGUCAGGAUGACCAUCCAGCGAAUGGCCGAGGAGUCCAAGACAAGAGGGACAGCUGACGUUUUCAAGUGGUGGAUGUUCAUGGCAACGGAUAUCAUCGGCGAGCUGUCGUUUGGCGAGUCCUUCCGCUUGUUGGAGCAGGGAGAGAAAAACGAAUACAUCGAAAUCCUCGAGAAGGUGGCUGCAGUGGGAGCAAAGAGAGCCACGUUCCCCACGUUGGCCAGGCUCGCCAUGCAGGGCUUUCCCAUACCCGGGUUCGGGGAAAACACCGACCUGAUACUGAACAUGCGGCGGUACGCAACUGAAUCCCUGGGCCGGUACAAGAGGCUUGUGGAGGAGAACCCGGACAAGCCAUUCCCAACAUUGUUCACCCGGCUGUUCAAGGGCGAGGAGGAUGAGUCCUUGACCUUCAAAGAAAUCGUCGAUGAAGCCCAGACCUACAUCAUCGCUGGCACGGAUACCACCGCGAUCACCCUCACAUACAUCGUCUGGCGUGUCUGUCAAAACCCAAAGAUCAAGCAGAGGCUGGUGGAGGAACUCCGCCAACUACCGGAGGGCUUCCAGGACCACGACGCAAUGAAGUUGCCUUAUCUCAACCAAGUCAUCGAGGAGAGCCUCCGCCUCCACGGCGCGGCCCCAUCCGGACUGCCUCGUAUGGUCCCUCCCGAGGGUGCUACCCUGGCUGGGCAGUAUCUCCCGGGCGGGUCCGUCGUCUGCACGCAGGCCUGGAGCUUGCACCGGAACGAGGACAUUUUCCCGGAUCCCGAGAGGUUCGACCCAGACAGGUGGGCCGCACCCACAAAGGCUAUGAAGGAUGCGUCCAUGCCAUUCGGCGGUGGUUCUCGCAUCUGCCUUGGCCUUCACCUCGCUCGCAUGGAGCUCAGGCUGGGCAUUGCCCACUUCUUCCGCGAGUUCCCGAACUCCAAGAUGUCUGCGCUGGAGGGCAUGACCGACGACGAUAUGGAGCAGGUCACCUACUUUCUUGCUCCCCCCAAGAACAAGAGAUGCUUGAUCGAGUGCUCUUGA